AUGAAGAUGAAGCCAUUCCUCUGCAUGAUGCUUGUGCUGGAGGAAGGAUACUUAGAGAUAGUCGAGCUUCUAUUUAGCCGAGCUAGUGGUCCUGAAUAUGUGAAGAGAAUGAUUGAAACUAUUGAUGUAGAAGGUGCUUCACCAACAAUCAAAAACUCGUAUGGGAAGACACCAAGUGAACUAGCUGAUGUAAACACUGAUGCUAAGAGGAUCCUCGAAGCUGCCACUGGCGACUCACUUAGCUCCUAA